GCCGCGGUGCAUUGUGGGACAGACCUAAGAUGGCGGCGCUGUAUAAGGUCAGGUGUGUGGCCCGGUUUGCCCCGUUCAGGUGCCGGUUCUUCAGUUCCUCCGGGCCCAGUCCGCCCGACGGGGAGCAGGCCACUUCAGACAAACCCCGGUCCGGCUUCGCAGCGGCCUUCGACCUGCAGUCGGAGCUCCGGAGGGAGGCGGUGGAGGGUGGAGCGGCUUCAAGCGGUGAAGGCGCCUCCUCCAACGCGCCGCAGAACAGCUUCGCCUCGCUGCUCCGCCAGUCCCCGUUGGUCCAGAUGGGACCGGCCCGGGACAAGGUGGUGGUGGGCCGGGUCUUCCACGUAGUCCAGGACGACUUGUACAUUGACUUUGGGGGGAAGUUCCACUGCGUGUGCAGGCGGCCCGCGAACGGAGAGCGGCUGCAGCGGGGCAGCAGGGUCCGGCUGUUGCUCCAGGAUUUGGAGCUCACCGGCCGUUUCCUGGGAGCCAACACCGACACUACACUGCUGGAGGCCGAGGCUGUGCUGCUGGGCACCGUAGAGACCCGGGAACCUCAAAACCGGGACUGAGCCGGAACCCGGAGUCCGGACCAGAAACUGAACGGAACAGUUUCUAAACUGAUUAAACUGGAAGAUGAAAUAUGGAUGAAGAACAGGAUGAUCUAAUUGUUAACCGCGUCAGAGACGAUUCAUCAUCGAUUAACGGUUUUAUUUUGAUCAACACCUGUGUCCAUAAUGGAUUAUCCAGCUUGAUCUAUUUAAGUAAAACUAAAAGAAAUGUUGUGAUUCAGGGGUUUAACAGGGUCCUAGUCCAGAUCUGGACCCAGUGGACGGAGGAACCCGGGGCCAAAGCUCAGAGCAGAAAACCUGAACCAGGUUAAUAUGAAGACAUUGAUUCUUGAAAAACUUGUAAUAUAAAAAGUUUCAUGAAGAACAAAUUUGUUUCCAUCGUGGUUUUCAUUAUAAACAUUUGUCAGAAAAAAACCCUUUUCAAGCUGUUUCCAUUUGUGUUUGAAAUGAAUCAUCACAUCAAACUAACCAUGUAAACCCAGACCAGAACUCCUGCUCUUGUAAAACCCACAUUAGCUUAUGCAGUCUGUUUUAUUUUUUGGCGAUUCUUUAGUUAAUUUCCUGAUGGGAUGUUGUGUGUUUCCUGUUUGGACUGGUUUGUUUUCUUGAAAACAAAACUGAAAAAUAAGUAAUGUUCUAUUUAUCAGAUGAACUCAAGACUAGUGUCUCUACUGGUUUAUCUUUGAUCUCUCAGUAUUUUCACAGUUUAGAAAUAUUUGUCCCAACUGAAACUCAACAGUAAACUUUCUAUGCGUUCAUUUUCACAUCUACCUGUGCAUACUUUUAGUACUGUGCAGGUUUGCGAAACAUGUUUCCAAGUACAUUUUUGGAUGUCUUAUGGUCUUUGAUCAUCUCACUGUGAACAUUCAUACAAACUGGUGAAAUGUGUCAUGUGGAUGGUAAAUAAAAUCUGUUCCAUCAGGUGAA